GUAAAUUUUAUGACCGCCUUUCAAUCAGGAUCAUGUGCCCGAUAACAAGAUUGAUUGCCUUUCUUUUUCUUUUUCACUUAUGUCAAGAAAUCGUAUUACAGCAGGACCAGGAACAGUUGUAUGCCAAGAGACGGAACUUCGAGGAGAGGUAUCAAUAGGAGCUGGAACAGUACUACAUCCACAAUGUCGUAUUAUUGCUGAAAAUGGACCUAUAUAUAUAGGCAAAAACAACAUUAUUGAAGAAAAUACAAUCAUCUUUAACAAAAAUGCAGCACCAUUAGUUAUUGGAGACGAAAACGUGUUUGAAGUAGGGUGUUAUGUAGAAGGAUCAAGGUUAGGGAAUAAUAAUGUGAUCGGUACUCGAGCGCGUGUUUUAGGAAAUACUAUCAUUGGGAAUCAUUGUGUAAUUGGAGCUGCAUGUUCUACUGAAGUCAAUGAAACAAUUGAAGAUAUGACAGUUAUAUAUGGUAGCCAACCUAACCGAAGGACACAGAGCAACGUUUUACCAGGACAAGCAACAUUACAUUUUCGACAUUUGGAUUAUCUUCGCGAGGUAUUACCCAAAUACAAUCAUUUGAAACAUCUAGAAACUGUUUAAUCAUCAUCAUGCAACAUAAAUCAGGGUGGUGCUGAUAAAUAAUAAAUCAUCUCCCUUUUUUCUAUA